AUGACUAGCGCCGUCGAGAGCCUUGCAGGAACAUUACUAGGAUUGUUCUGCUUUGCAUUGUUGCUCUAUGGCAGUGCGACUUCCCAAAUGUACAACUACUGGUUGAAUUAUAUCAACGAUACGAAGCUACACCGUCGAACAGUUGCCGUUGUAUGGCUUGUGGAUACUAUCCAUACGGUGUUCUGUCUCAUCGUAAUAUAUCGCUAUAUCAUCAUCGACUUUGGCCAGCUCGAACUUCUUCAAUAUAUUGUGUGGUACGUUACGGUGGGCACAGAAGUCUGUGCAGCUCGAUUUGUGUGGAAUGCACAUGCGGACAUUAACAUUGAAUUUAAACAAGCCAGUAGGAAGAAUAAGGGGCUAUGCGGUUGCAUCCUGAGCAGAGGCUCAGGGAGCAUUGCUUUUUGCGCGGAUAACGUUUGGUUUCGGUAUAGAUCUUACUUCACAUAUGACAACUCGUUACUGAUGUCUUAUGCACUGGCAGCAACUGUCGGUCUCAUUUCAACACGGAGGAAGGAUCUUUUGUCGAUGCACGUCGUCGAACUCAUUCAGUCCUAUGUAAUCAACACUGGUGCUCUAACUAUGCUCGUCUCUCUGUCUAUCAUGUUCACUAGGAAUGCAGAAUGUCCGAACGCGCGGAAAUUCAUGCUGAAGCAAGCGAGAUCAUAUCGACGGAGCGCGCGGGACGGGCUCCAGCCUUGCAUCCCCGUAAACGUCCCUUAUGCCCUUCUCACAGACCACCAGCCAGGCAUAAAAGUCACCGACGAGGACCUGUUCGCAAGCGGCAUUCCAACCACUGGCUCAGCUGGAACAUCGAUCGCUCAUGACAACGAGACGAAUGCGGAGCCUAUCGAGAAGACCACGAGGUUUCUUUCUAUGGAGAACGACAAAAAAGUGGAUGUGGAGCUUGGCAAGGAGACGCAGGUAUUUCUGUAA